AUGGUCAUCACAGAUCUAGGGAUCAGAUUAGGCAAAAAAAAAAAAGGACUGAUUCCGAUCAAUCAGAUCACUUCUUCUCCUGAUGUAGUAGUUACCAACUACACGACAUUCUCCUCUGCCUCCCGAAAACCUUUGUUCAUGUCUCGUAACCCAGUUGAAACCCAAAUGGCUGUAGCAGUUUUCAACAGUCCCUUAGGAAGGGAACACCAUGUGAACAACGGAAUGGAAUCAACUAAACCUUCAGGUAGGCGACGUGUCUUUGUUCAAACAGAAACGGGUUGCGUCUUGGGAAUGGAAUUAGAUCGAAGCGACAACGCCCACACAGUGAAGCGAAGGUUACAAAUUGCACUCAAUGUUUCAGUUGAAGAAAGUUCCCUAACCUUCGGUGACAUGAUUCUAAAAAACGACCUCAGUGCAAUUCGCAACGAUUCCCCUCUUCUUCUAACAAGAAACCUAAACCUAAUCCACCGAAGCUCUUCAUCUCCUUGUCUUUCACCCACCAGUAAAGACAUCCAACAACAUAAUGGAGAUCGCAGUGGGCCCAUUGAGAUUUUAGGCUUUUCUACUCGAAACACAAAACAAGUCGUUAAAGAAAUUGUAAAAGCAAUGAACACCGGCGUUGACCCAAUUCCAGUUCAAAGUGGACUCGGAGGUGCAUACUAUUUCAGAAACAGCAAAGGCGAAAGUGUAGCGAUUGUGAAACCAACCGAUGAGGAGCCAUUUGCACCGAAUAAUCCGAAAGGGUUUGUGGGUCGGGCAUUGGGUCAACCCGGGUUGAAACGGUCUGUUCGGGUUGGUGAAACCGGGUUUCGUGAGGUGGCGGCUUAUCUUCUUGAUUAUGACAAUUUCGCAAAUGUUCCACCUACUGCGCUUGUGAAAAUCACUCAUUCCAUUUUCAAUGUUAACAAUGACGUAACUGUAAAUGGGAAUAACGAAAACAAGAUGAAGAAACAAUAUAGCAAGAUUGCAUCUUUUCAACACUUCAUCCCUCAUGACUUUGACGCGAGUGAUUACGGAACAUCGAGCUUCCCUGUGUCUGCGGUGCACCGGAUUGGGAUUUUGGACAUACGGAUUCUUAACACGGACCGGCAUGCAGGGAAUCUGCUCGUGAGAAAGGUUGACGGGAGAUUUAGUCAAGUUGAACUCAUACCCAUUGACCAUGGUCUUUGCUUGCCGGAAAAUUUAGAAGAUCCGUAUUUUGAAUGGAUUCAUUGGCCACAAGCUUCGAUUCCUUUCACAGAUGAAGAGCUUAAUUACAUUCAACAACUUAAUCCAUAUCGUGAUGCUGAGAUGCUAAAAUCUGAGCUUCCGAUGAUUAGGGAGGCUUGCUUACGUGUCUUGAUUUUGUGUACCAUUUUUCUCAAGGAGGCGGCGGCGUAUGGGCUGACGUUGGCGGAGAUUGGGGAGAUGAUGAGUCGGGAGUUUAGACGCGGUGAAGAGCAGCCCAGUGAGUUUGAGUUGUUGUGUCUUGAGGCACGGCGGCAGGUAGUGGCAGAGAGGGAAAAGGAGGUGGUGGCGGUGGCGGUGGCGGGUUUAUCGUCUCCUAAAGUAGAGGAAGAUGUAUUCCAGCUUGACAUCGAUUUUGAUGAUUUAGGGUUUCCUUUUCACUUUGGGAGAAACGGAAACGGAAACGGAAACCCAUUUUCUAAAUUCCAUGAAACGAUUGAAGAAGAGGAAGAAGAAUUUUCCGGCGAGGUGGUUCCGGCAAGUGUGAAGAAAAAGGCGGAAGGGAAAAAGUUGGCGGUGGUGAACACAUCGUCCGGACACAGGAGUGCGUCUGAGCAGCUUCCAGCGAGUGCUACUUUUGUGAAGUUGGGGGAGAUGAAGGAGGAGGAAUGGGUGGUGUUUAUAGAAAAGUUUCAGGAGGCAGUGUUUCCGGCGUUUGUUAACCGGAAGUCGGCGGCGAAAGGGCAGAGGCAGUUGCAGAGGCUGGGGACUUCUUGUCAGUUUUGA